ACCCCCUCCCCCACCCCAACUUUUCUCUUGCAUGAUUUCCCUUGCACGGAUUUGCCACUCGGAUCGGAUGCCGUUUCAUUGGGAGCUGAGCUCAGAGCCACGCUGAACCUGCUUCUCCUCCAGUGCUAUGACAGGCAAACUCGUGGAGAAGCUGCCGGGGACCAUGAACACUUUGAUGAACCAGUUGCCUGACAAUCUGUACCCAGAGGAGAUCCCCAACUCUCUGAAUAUCUUCUCCAGCAGCAGCGAGUCAGUGGCUCACUACAACCAGAUGGCUGCAGGGCUUUCCUUCGCUUCUCGGGGCUGUAGUGGGGAGUGGAAGCUGCCAGACAGAGAGGUGGCAGAGAAUGUUAUGGAUAUUGGAUUAGCGAACGAAAAGACCAACCAAGAGCUGUCGUCCUAUUCGGGUUCUUUCCAACCCACCCCUGGCAACAAGACUGUUACCUACCUGGGGAAAUUUGCUUUCGAUUCCCCGUCCAACUGGUGUCAGGAUAAUAUUAUCAGCCUCAUGAGCGCUGGGAUUCUGGGGGUGCCCCCUUCCUCCAGUGCCAUCACCAGCACCCAGACCUCUACAGCCAGCAUGGUGCAGAACCAGGGAGAGGUGGACCAGAUGUACCCUGCGCUGCCCCCCUAUUCCACCUGCAGUGACCUCUACCCGGAGCCAGUGUCCUUUCACGACCCCCAAAGCAACCCAGGGCUCACCUAUUCCCCCCAGGAUUACCAAGCAGCCAAGCCAGCCUUGGACAGUAACCUCUUCCCCAUGAUCCCAGACUAUAACCUCUAUCACCACCCCAACGAGAUGGGCACACUCACUGAACACAAACCCUUCCAGAGUUUGGAUCCCAUUCGGGUCAACCCUCCCCCCAUCACCCCGCUGGAGACCAUCAAAGCCUUCAAGGACAAACAGAUCCACCCCAGCUUCGGCAGCCUCCAGCAGCAGCCCCUCACCCUCAAGCCCAUCCGGCCCAGGAAGUACCCCAACCGGCCCAGCAAAACUCCGCUCCACGAGCGACCCCACGCGUGCCCGGCCGAGGGCUGCGACCGGCGCUUCUCCAGAUCCGACGAGCUCACGAGGCACCUGAGGAUCCACACGGGCCACAAGCCCUUCCAGUGCCGCAUCUGCAUGAGGAGCUUCAGCCGCAGCGACCACCUUACCACCCACAUCCGCACCCACACGGGCGAGAAGCCCUUCGCCUGCGAGUUCUGCGGGCGCAAGUUUGCGCGCAGCGACGAGCGCAAGAGACACGCCAAGAUCCACCUGAAGCAGAAGGAGAAGAAGGCCGAGAAGGGCUCCUCUUCCUCCUCCUCCUCCCCGCCAGUGUCCUUGGCCCCGGUGGUCACCACCUGCGCAUGAGGCUCCCGCCCCGAUCCCUGGUCCCAGUGCCUCCCAAUUGCUGCCUUUAGCAAAAGCGCAAACAUGGGGAUCCCUCACCAAGGAACAGUUGGCAGUGCGCGCACCUCCCCUCCCGUCCCCGCUUAGUGGGGACUUCGCUUUCAAUCGGAUCGUCUUGAUCCGAAUCGGCUGCGGGAGGGGCGGGGGAGCCCCCCACUUCUCCCAGCGGAGCGUAGUGGGGAGCGGGUGAGGGGUUGCAGGGCUGUGAUGUGCCAGCUGUGGAAAGGCAUGCGGUGCGAGCGAGGGUGGUGGUGACGGUGUCGGGGAAGCUCCCCGCUCCGAAUAUGCGCGCCCCCUUCCUCCCCCCCUCACUACUCAUUGGAGGUGGUGGGGGGAGCACCAAAGCGCAGUGCUUGCUGCCCGUUGAGACUGUGCGUCCCUGUGUGUGUAUGUGACUCUGAGCUGAACUGGGCUGCUUCGGCGUCAAACCACCCCCAAAGGACUCUGGACAAUGGAGAGAACCAAGCCACCUCUUGGACAUAGUGGGGACCUUGGGUAUCAUUGGAAUGGGUGGCCUUCCAUCUGAUCUAAAUGUUUCUUACAGAAAUGCCUAGGAUGCUGCUGCUGCUGCUGCUUCUGGUCUCCUGCCCCCCUCCUCUUGGAGCCGCUUCCUUUAUGUUUUCCUGGUCUCUUCACUACUUGUCUUCGAGGCACUUCCUCUGAUGUGCUGGAGAAGGGAUAUGGCUUGGGAUCAGCUCUUGGCUGCUCCAGAUUUAUCUUCAUGGGUUUAUUUUUUAAACCGAUUUCCUUUACAGGUUCAUCCUCUGUCUCCUUCCCCCUCACCUCUUCCACCCAAAGUAUCCUCCCUUCUGGAAGGAAGAAAGAAAGAGGCAAUCCCCCUAAAUUACACCAUUUCACUCCACUUGGUGUUUUAGUUCAUGUCACAUUUAGUAUGAAAACCCUUGGGAAGAGGGGGAGAAACAUCUUUCUCCCUUUCAUCUGGAUGAGAAGAGGUUGUUGCCAUUUCUGUUCUUGUUACCAUCUCUACAGCAGUUCUGAAUUAAAAUAUAAUAAAAAAUAUAUACAGUAUGUAUUUGUUAAUGUCACUAUUGGCUUUCUAGUACAGUACCAACCAUAUAUAAAGGUAUAUAAGUAUUUACAGCUUUAAUGUUUUAUUUUUGGAGAAGAGAAAAUAACUGUGAGGAGUAAAAUUUUACUCCAAACUUUCCUCCAAAGGGAAGAUGGGGGAUUUGUAUUCAACUAAAAUCCUCUUUUAUCACACCCAGAUCCACCUCCCAGUUGUCCUCAGUAAGCAGCUCUGAAUGUACUUGCUCAAUUGAACCCUACGAAAGAUGGGGAAAAUGGAGCUGCUUAGCAGCUUUCAUCAAAGAUCUGACUGAAUGUACUGUUGUUACCUAUUCAAUCUUUUUCCCCUGUGGCUAGUAUACUGUUGGGGUGAGGGAGGGAGGGGGGAAGUAAUUGAGUUUACAGGAUGUCUGAUUUAAAGUCACUUUAUGCAUCUUUUCACCCUUUAUUUUUUUCCAAAGCACCAUUUUUCUGUGGUGGAUUUAAAUGGACUAGCUAUCUAGAUCUUUAAAAAGAAACUAAAAGGGAAGUGGGUGAUGAAUUUCCAGGUACUCCUAGCUUAAUCUGGGUUGACAAUAUAAUGUUGGGGAGGGUGGGAGGGAAGAUACUGAUUGAUCAUUUUUUUUCAGCAGAAGGGAAAUUCUUUACAGAAAUGCAGAAAACAGUAUUUUGCUGAAUACUUUUUAUAAUGUGAUAUAUUUUUAUUUUAAUUGGUCACUUAAAAAAACACAGGGAGGAGAAAUCAGUUAUCCCUCUAUAUUAUUUUUUUUCCUUUCUCCUUCUGGUAUGUGCAUGUCACUGCAUGACUGCUCUGAUUUUUUCUUCUUUUGUUUUAAUAAAACUGUGCUCAGACAUUUAAGCUAAACUAAACAAAAAUAAUUAUUAUUUAAAAAAAUAUUUGUUGCCAAAAGGUUGUGCUAUUCAGGUUUGAUGUCUGCAUGUGAUUUUUUUUUUCUAAAAAACAAAACAAAACAAAAACCAUACAACAUAAAGGAGAAGAGAGAAAACGCAAUCUAGUUUAUGUGAACUGAAAGGAACACACACAAAAAUCAGGUUUAAACAUGCAAACCUAAGGGAAUGAUAUUUUUGAAAGUCUUUUGUAUAAAGUUGAGUACUUAGAGAAAAAAAAAAGACCUACCAGAUGUAAUAUAUUUUGUGGAUGUUUUUAUUUCUUGGAUUUAUAGUACCUUAUACUAAGGUUAAAAAAAUUAUGCUUGAUAUUGUGAAAAGGUGAUAAUUUUCACACACAUUUCAUUUGCUCAUUUGUCACGUUGUAAUGCAAAUAUGAUAGUUAAUGCAUACAGCAUUUUUAAGAAAAAAAAUCAGAAAUAUUGAACUGAUGUAUUGUUGUACCAUUUGCACUGUGAGCAAAUGCUAAUGCAGUAAAUAUAUUGUGUUUGCUGACAAUCAAA